CCAAAGCUUCCAGAGGCUGCUCCUUCCUGAAGAAGGCCCGCCCUCUCAGACUGCCCAAUAAAAGUCAAGACUUUGGCGCUUCGCUGAGCACUCCGAGCGGCCUCCCGGGAAGAAGUUUUUGGAAGCUUCUACACAUCACGAUGGUGCAAGCCAAGAGCUGGACCCUGAAGAAGCACUUUGAGGGCUUCCCUACUGACAGUAACUUCGAGUUGAAGACCACUGAGCUCCCACCUUUAAAAAAUGGAGAGGUCCUGCUCGAAGCCCUGUUCCUCUCUGUGGAUCCUUACAUGAGAGUUGCCGCAAAAAUAUUGAAGGAGGGUGAUAAGAUGAUGGGUGAGCAAGUGGCCAGAGUUGUGGAAAGUAAGAACUCAGCCUUCCCAACAGGGACCAUUGUAGUGGCUUUAUUAGGCUGGACAUCACAUUCCAUUUCUGAUGGGAGUGAACUGAGAAAGCUGCCUGCAGAGUGGCCGGACAAGUUACCACUGUCUUUGGCUUUGGGGACAGUUGGCAUGCCAGGCCUCACUGCCUACUUUGGCCUGCUUGACAUCUGUGGCAUGAAGAGUGGAGAGACAGUGCUGGUCAAUGCAGCAGCAGGAGCAGUGGGCUCCGUUGUGGGGCAGAUAGCUAAGCUCAAGGGCUGCAAAGUCGUUGGUUCAGCAGGGUCUGACGAAAAGGUUGCCUAUCUUAAGAAGCUUGGAUUCGAUGCUGCCUUUAACUACAAGACGGUAAAUUCGCUGGAAGAAGCUUUGAGAACAGCCUCUCCUGGUGGCUAUGAUUGCUAUUUUGAUAAUGUAGGUGGAGAGUUUUCAAACACUGUCAUAUCCCAGAUGAAGACAUUUGGAAGAAUUGCCAUCUGUGGCGCUAUCUCUCAAUACAACCGCACUGGUCCAUGUCCUCCAGGCCCACCCCCAGAGGUCGUUAUCUAUCAGCAACUCCGCAUGGAGGGGUUCAUCGUUACUCGCUGGCAGGGGGAUGUCCGUCAGAAGGCUCUGACAGACUUGAUGAAUUGGGUCUCAGAGGGUAAAAUCCAGUAUCAUGAAUACAUCCUUGAAGGAUUUGAAAAGAUGCCAGCAGCCUUCAUGGGAAUGUUGAAAGGAAAAAAUUUGGGGAAGGCAAUCGUGAAAGCAUGAAAAAAGAAAAAGACACAUGGAUCUCCACUGGAAGAUUAGUUUUUUUACCAUUUACUACAGAUGUAUAUUGCCUUAUAUAAGACAUAACUGCAAGGAGUUUUGCCUAUCUAAUAAAAUACACAUAUGCUUUUCUUCAUCUGUGAUAGAGAAUAAAAAUCUCAUAACAAACAACAA